UCUGCCUCCAUCCCCCUUCCCUUGCUGUGGACGUUAGCAGGCUGCGAAGGCCGCAAGGAAAGCGCUUUCAGCCCGGCCCGGCCCGGCCCGGCCCGGGAAGCAGGCCGCUGGCAGCCGGCGGGAGCAGAGGCCCCGUCAAGCCCGCGUCGCCAUGGCGACGGCGCGAGGCUGCUGCCAUGGCGGAGAAGGAGGGGAACGGUGAGGAUGGUGCAGUAGCUGAAAUUGAGAAAAAGAUUAUAGAAGUUUUUGAGGCAUUUGACAAUGAAGGCAGUAAUUCUGUGGAUGCCAGGGAUAUUGGUGUAAUUGUCAGGACACUAGGUUGCUUCCCGACUGAGGCAGAACUGAAUGAACUGCUUGCAAAGGUAGAAGAUGAAGAAGAAACAGGUGGUUACGUUCAUCUGGAAAACUUUCUUCCUGUGAUGACAAAAGUACUGCUCGACAGAAGCUACCGGCCUAUUCCAGAAGAUGUUCUUCUACAUGCUUUUGAGGUUUUGGAUGAGAAUAAAUGUGGAUAUAUUACUAAAGAGGAUCUGGUCAAAUAUUUGACUGAAGAAGGUGAGCCCUUUACUGAGGAAGAAAUGGAGAACAUGCUCUCUGUUGCUCUAGAUCCAGAAACAAACACUGUUCGCUACAGAAACUACAUUUCAAAGCUGGUAGUAGAUGAAACUUAAGAUCUUGCCGUUUAGUGAUUGGGAUGCCUUUUGGUAACAGCAGUGUACACUGGCAGUUAGUUGAAAGGAGUAUUUCAAAGUGUAACAAAGCUCAAUUUGUAACUAUGCUUAUAAUUCAAAUAAAAUCUGUGUAGCUAUAUUUCCUUAGGUUCUAUAUACAUGUUGAAAUAUAGUCACACCUGGAAAAAGAGCUCUUGACAGAAAUACUGUGUAAGGUCUGGAAAAGAAAUCAUGGAAUUUGGUUUGAAAAUAACAGGAAAAAUAAUGUUAAUGGAGUCAAGAAAUUACUUUACAAUUGCUUCUGAAAACCUAAUGGAAAAAUGAGACCUUGAAAGUGGGUAAUAAGUAGGUAAGUGAGUACCUUAAGAUGACUAAAAUUGUGAAGGCAUGCUACUAAGAUAAAGCUUUUAUAUUUAUAUGUAAUCCUUGUUUGUGCUUAACUAAUAAAACACGGUAGGCUACUCCUUUUGAAAUAUAAUAGAUCAAAUAAGCUUUCUACAAUUUCUGGGUAUAGUCAAA